AUGUCCUACCCAAAUCAUUCCAGUCCCUCAUCCUUCAUCCUAACAGGCAUCCCUGGGCUGGAGGAUGCUCAGUUCUGGAUUGACUUCCCAUUCUGCACCAUGUACUUCACGGCAGUGCUGGGGAACAUCCCAUGCCUUCUAGUGAUUAGGAUGGACCCAAGCCUGCUGCCCAUGUUUUACUUACUGUUCAUGCUGGCUGCCAUUGACCUCGUGCUCACCACUUCCACCACGCCCAAGCUCCUGAGCAUCUUCUGGUUCUGCUCCCACGAGAUCGACUUUGAGGGCUGUGUGGCCCAGAUGUUCUUCAUCCAGAGCUUCUCCACAGUGGAGUCAGGGGUUCUGCUCACCAUGGCCUUUGACCGAUACUUGGCCGUCUACAAGCCUCUGUGCUACUCUGCCAUCCUGACUGGCCCCACCAUUGCCAAGCUGGGUUUGGCUGCUGUGGUGCGUGGCAUCGCCAUCAUCACCCCUCUGACAUGCAUGGUGACCAACUUGUCCUACUGCUGCCCCCAUGUCAUUCACCACUCCUACUGCGAGCAAUCAGUGGUGAAGCUGGCCUGUGGGGACACCCAGCCCAACAGCAUCUACAGGAUCAUGGCUGCCACUGUCAUGGUGGGCUCAGACUCAGCCCUCAUCACUGUCUCCUACAUGCUGAUCCUGAGGGAGGUCAUAGGUCUGUCCUCCAGAGACGCUCAUCUGAAGUCCUUUGGAACCUGUGGCUCCCACAUCGGUGUCACACUGCUCUUCUACACGCCUGGGCUCUUCUCCUUCUAUACUCAGCACUGGGGCCAGAGGACCCCUGUGGACCUCCACAUCCUUAUGGCCGACCUCUACCUGCUGGUGCCUCCCAUGCUCAACCCACUCAUCUACAGGAUGAGGACCAAGAUAUCUGGGAGCAGGUGCUGA